AUGUCGGAUCCAGAAUUCAAUCCGGCGCAGCGAGAUAUCUCAAAUGUCAAUCCAAAAGAAAUGAACCCAGACGCCGAGUUCAACCCAAAAAAUGAUGUAUCCGACGCCAGCGGAAACGAAUACCGUUCAAAGGAUGGCUAUCCAGUUCCCGUUGUUGAGGAUAAGGAUAUCUCCGGAGUCGACCCAACCACUGCAGAUAGUGACCGCGAGUUAGCUCGAGAUGAUGUAGAAGCUAUUGACCAAGACAACAUUAUUGAAUCACGAACGCGAGGCGCAAAGCCUCAGGGUAGAUAUCGCGAACCUGGGGACGAGGAAGGCUUGCCAGGGCCGGACGAUGGAACUAGUCGCGUUAGAGGCGGCCGUUAA